UUUUAGUUUUAUUAUUAUUAAAAUGUAGUUAGUACAAAAUAGUCUCAAUUUUUAUAAUAAAUUAUUUCAAGAGAUUGCCUCAUACUUGUUCUAUAAGGCUGUUAUAAGGUACAGGGCCGUCUUAAUCAACUUAAAAAGGCCCUGGUGGUCUAAUCUUAAAAUUAGCCCCCCAACAAAAAAACAGAAAUUAAAAAUAUAUUUCAAAAACUCUUAUUUUAAUACUAACCUUCUACUUGAAAUUUGUCAAAAAACACCAACAUUUACUUGUUCUUUUAUCACAAAUUCAUGUUAAAAAACGUCAACAUUUACUUGUUUUUUUAUCACAAAUUUGUCAAGUGAUCCUAUUUGAGAUUGAAUUAACUCUUCUAAUUUUUUCCUUUUCUUACGCUUUGCAUAUCUAGAUUUUUGCCUUUGACUUUUGGAGGCAUUAUUUAAGAAACAACAAAUAAUUAAAAAAAUAAAAAAGGAUUGAUGCAACCUUGUAAUUGUAAUUGAUCUCAAAAGUCAAAUCCCCAGAUUGUAUUUUAUAAUAGAACUAUAGAAUAAUAGAGCAUAGAAACCUGCAUUUGACAAAAUAUUACAUUAAAUAAAUGAACAAGAAAUACAAAUAAAACAAAUAAAAUUAAAUUGCAUACAAUAUUUAAAUAAAAAAAAAAAUCAAAAGAAUUUUGUUUUUCUUUUUCAAUUCCUUCUUCUGGGUUGUGGUUUUUUUUAUUAUUCAUAUUAUUUUAGUUGAAAAUAAAAAUUAAAAAAAAUUCAAAAUUACUUACUUUUAAUGAUGAAAUAAAAAAAAUAAAAAAAAUCAAGAUUACUGAUUUAUAAUGGUGAAACUCGAAAAAAUGAAAACUAAAAUAUUUACUUACUCAGUACUAGAUCCCGUGUGAAAUUAACCAGAAAUUUGUGCAUCAAUGAAGUUUUUGCUUAACAAAAUAACAAUGGUGCUUGAUAAUUGAUGGAAAUUUGAUAACCAUUGAAGAGGAAAAAGGUAACUGAGGAAAGUAAUGUGUGAGUACAAUAACUUUUUUUUUUUUAAUUAUUUAUUUAGAAUUCCAAUGAUCAAAGUUACUUUUUUUCAUUGGUAAGGAAAUAUUACUCCCUAAUUUCUGUUUGUUUCCACGGGUUUUUACUCUUUCCCAUUUACAAUGACAUGAAAUAAUUAUUUGCUAUAUUGGGCUUACAUGUUUACAUUUUUUGGGAUCAAAAUUUUCAUAUUUUUGGGCCCUGUGCAAAAGACCUGUUUGCCCUUGUUAAUAACCGGGCCUGAUAAGGUAACAAACUUAUGCUUUAAAACAACCAUUUCAUGUUUACUUAAGAUGAGUUAGGAUAUUCCUCUAAGUAUUGUCCAAAAUAAAUAACUAUCAAUAAAAAAGAGAAUGAUAAGUUACCGUACUUGUAAUGUUUAAAAGAGAGUGAUAAUUUGAAAAUUAAGGUCAUUAGUGCAAAAUAUUAGAGUUUUUUUAACUCUAUUUUUAUUAAUAGGUUAGGUACUUGUAACGUAUAAUGAGAAUCGAUAAUUAGAAAAUUAAGGUCAUUAGUGCAAAAUAAAUAAAUAAGAUAAUUUUUCAAUAAAUAAAUAAAUUAAGAGAAACAAUUUCCAUUUUGUAAUUAAAAAUUAAGAUAAAACAUAUAUGUAGUGAAUUCACCAUCAGUCCAUCACAAAGGUGAAUAAAGUUGACAUUGAGACUGAGGUCUUAGGGCCGAGAUGAUAUUUGGGCUUUAGUACCAUUUUGUUCCAAAUGAAAUUAGGGUUUUGUAUCCCAAAAAAAUCCACUAAUUCCUGAAAAAAAUUAGGGUUUUGGCUCAUCGUCUUUAUAAUUCCUCGAUUCCAUUUCUGCAGCUUAUCUCCUUCCCUCUUCUCUCAAUUCUUCCUCCAAAUCUGGUAAUUUUUCUAUUCUGUUCUAAUCAACUACUCAUCUAAAUUCAUAAAUUCAUAUCAGAGAAGUAUGAUAGCUUCUUGUUUGGAUUUCGAGUAUAUCAACAAUUCAUACAAUUUUCUUAAAUCGGAGCCUUACGAAUUUGAAAUUUUCAGUAUCACUCACCUGAUUUUGAUUAGUCUUUGAUAUAUCAUCUUAAUAGAAAGCAAGGUAGCUUCUUGUUUGGAUUUCGAUUAUCAUCAACAGUCCAUACAAUUUUUCCUUAAUUGGAGCCUUGCGAAAUUGAAAUUUCCAGUAUCACUCGCCUGAUUUUGAUUAUUCUUUGAUAUUUCAGGCCCUUUUAAUACUGGAACAGUUUUUUCUUAAUUAUAAUUGAAAAUCAUUAGCAAACGCACUCUGUCCCAAAAUUAUGUCAGUAUUUUGAGGCAAUUUCUUCGUUUGCGAGAUUAAUGAAUUCAUUCAGAUUCCAAUUAACUCGCCAAUGUGUUCUUCCAUCCAUGGAUCAUGUUGGCACAUGGUUGGAUUACAUUCUUAUUCAUAAAUUUUUUGUAUGGUUUUAGAUUUUGAUUUCAUAUGAUUAUCAUGAUAUAUUAAUUAUAUUUUGAACUUUAAUGGAGUAUUUAUACUUUUUACUUACUGAUUUGAAGUUAAAAAUGAUGGGAAAAUGACAAUUUUUCCUAAUUCUAAUUCGCAAUUCUUCUAAAUGAUUUGAAAUUAUUUUAUUUCUUAUCUUUUUUUUGGUUAUUUUUUGAUAUAUUUCGUCUCAUUUUAAUUUAAAAAAAAAAGUUUAUGAAAAUUUGCUUUAAAAUGAAUCAAACCAAAUUGACUUUAGUAAGUUUUUGUGUAUUUAUAAUAAUAAAUAAAAUCAGUUUCAAAAAUACAUGAUGAAUACUCUAUAAUAGAAGAUAAAAUUAAUCAAUAAAUAUUUAGAGAUUCUUAUGCAAAUGUAUUAUCUAAAAAAUUGUAGAUAAACUUAUAAUGGCGAAUAAGUCCAAACAAAAGCUAAUAGGUUCAUAUUAAUUAUAUAUUCAUAUUUGAUCAAGUUUAGAUUCAAGUAAGACAUUAAACGAGCUUAAAGAAUGAGGGAGUAACUUAUAAUGAGGAUGAUAAAUAUAUAAAAUAAAAUUUAUUAAUGGAAGUAAGAAAGAGUAAACCAUUAUCAAUUAGCAAAUAUAUAAAAAUAUAACCAACUAAAACGAACAAAAUUACAAAAAUUGGGCUAGAAACUAUGUAUAAGUUACAAGUUACAACUUAUAAAUAUAUAUUUCCUUGCUAAAAAGUAAUACUAGUAAGAUGAGCUUGCUAUCAUCACACAUUUCCGUAUGAAGAAGUUUUUGGUGUAAUAUAGCAAUUAAAAACAGAGAAUAAUAUAUAAAUUGAAACACGUAUAUGUUAAGUUGAUUCUAAUAAUACCAUAUAUUGUGUUGAUCAUAUAAAAUUAAAAUGAAGUUCUUUUUUAGGGAAUAUGAAGCCUUAUUUUUUGCAUUUAUAAAAAAUCAUUUCUUUAAUUAUCUUGCUGGUGUAUCAACUUGUCAAUUCUUUGUAAUUAACUUUUAAUGUCGACCUUGGACAAAAUAGCUAUUCUUUGAGGGACUAAAAGUCUAAAAAAAGAGCAUUUUAGAUAUUGGUUCUGAAUAAUUUAAGUUAAAAACUUGUGAAACAUGCAACGAAGACCAAGUAGACCUAAUGUUAUGGUCACCAUGAAUUAACAAUAAGCUUUCCACGACAAAAAACGCGCUAAUUCCAACUAACAAAAUACUUCUAUGUACUUUUUUAGCCUUUAAAUGAUUAGUGGAGACAAUUAUACAUCCAACUAAUUUUUCUAUAUAUAUUAUAAACCAAUAAUUUUACCGAAUUCUAGCAUAAUUUGCAUCCAAAUUUUGAGGAGUUUAAUUUUUUUCAUUCAUUUUCAUUUCAUCUGAAGAUUUUUUAUCAUACAAAAUCUUCUAUCUAAUUACUUAUUGUUAUUUUCUUAUAUUAUGUCAAUACAUUAAUUAUUCAAUUCGAACAAAUAAAAUUAAAUUUAUCGGAGAUAUAUAAUCAAAUUUCUUGUUCUAUGGAUCAAGCGGAGCUUAAAAGAGUGUUUCAGAUGUUCGAUAGGAAUGGAGAUGGGAAGAUCACCAAAAAGGAGUUGAAUGACUCCUUGCAAAAUUUGGGGAUAUACAUCCCAGAUAAAGAGUUAAGUCAGAUGAUUGAAAAAAUCGACCUGAAUAAGGAUGGUUUUGUUGAUAUGGAAGAGUUUGGAGCAUUGUACAAAACAAUUAUGAAUGAAAGGGAUGAGGAGGAAGAUAUGAGAGAGGCAUUCAAUGUGUUUGAUCAAAAUGGUGAUGGAUUUAUCACCGUUGAAGAAUUAAGAUCCGUUUUACAAUCAUUAGGUUUGAAGCAAGGAAGAACAAUUGAUGAUUGUAAGAAAAUGAUUAGCAAGGUUGAUGUUGAUGGGGAUGGAAUGGUUGAUUAUAAAGAGUUUAAGCAAAUGAUGAAAGGUGGUGGAUUUGCUUCUUUAGGUUCAUAGAAAAAUUAGUUUACAUCGACAUUGUCUAAAAUCAAAUUAUUAUGUUUAAAGAAAUUAUUUUUUCAUAAAAGGGAAAAAAAAAUUAGUAAUUUUAAGCGAAAUGAAUGAGUAAUCACAAUCAAAAGAAGGCUAUAUCAUGAUCAAGAUCUAAAAAGAAAUGUAUUCUUUAAUCUGAGAGAAUACAUGGGAAGAGAUAACUCCUAAGGCCUCUCAUUUGUUUGAAUUCAUGUGUGGAAAAUUUAUUUGUUUUGAUUCUUUUGAAUAACUUGAUUUCCAAUGAUGAGGUUUUUGUUCACAUUUGAGAUUUAUACGUAGAAGAGCCAAAUUUGUCUAAUUUUUUGAUAUAUUUAAAAACAUUAUUGAUUUUAGAAUAAGUUAUGUUUCAUGUCGUCUUUUAUUGUUGC